UUCUUCAAAUUGACAUUUAACAGUGUUGACAAUCCUUGAAAUUUUGUAAAUUAAUGAAAUUAUAAUAAAUCAAGAAAUUUGGGCUGAAACUAUAAUUUUUUUAUUACAUUUGGACCUCAGCUCAAUUGGAGGCUAAUCAAUAGAAAAUUAGUAUUUUUAUAUUUCAAUAUAUUAAAACAAAAAAUAAUAUGUAGCGUAAAAAAGCUUUCAUAAGAUCUGAGAGUGAAGGACUAAAGGUCAAAUUUUUAUCUAAAUUCAUUAUAAUAUUUCUAUAAACAUUUGCCUGCUUCAUGAGGAUGUGAAUAAGCUUAUUGUUUUUGCAUGUUUAACCAUUCAGGGAAGUUGAAUUAUCCUACAUGACGUGCGUAAAAAUUUCCCGUAAAUGUCUGCUAUCUUUUAUUAGGAAUAGAAGUUUGACAACAGUGCGCUUAUUGAGUGGGAAAAGCGAGGCUGGUGAUAAAAUUUUAGAAAGUCCUUCAGUGAAAGCGUCCUCUUUGCCUCCAGAAGCCACAAUGAGUACUGGUCUAGGAGAUAAAUUUUGUCUUCCAAAAAGAUACCAAGGAAGUGAGAAAAGUGUGUGGGUGGAAUAUAUCCAACUGGCAUUGGAAUACAAACCAGCUUGUAACUUAGGUCAAGGCUUUCCGGACUACCCACCACCAAAAUAUGUUACAGAAGCUCUAGCGCAAGUUGCAAAGAGUGAUAACUGUCUUUUACAUCAGUAUACAAGAGGAUUUGGCCAUCCUCGAUUAGUUAAUGCAAUUGGAAAGCUAUAUUCUGAAUUAAUAGGACGUCAAUUGAAUCCCAAUACUGAAAUUCUCACAACAGCUGGUGCCUAUGAAGCUUUAUAUUCUACCAUUAUAGGUCAUGUUGAUGAAGGUGAUGAGGUUAUUAUUAUUGAACCAUUUUUCGAUUGCUAUGAACCUAUGGUUAAAAUGGCUGGUGGAAUAUGUAAAUUUAUUCCUCUGAGACCUAAAGAGAAUGAAACUGGGAUUUCUUCUUCAGCUGAUUGGGUUUUGAAUCCUAAAGAACUCGAAAGUAUGUUUAAUGAAAAGACUAAAAUGCUGAUUUUGAAUACACCAAAUAACCCUCUUGGAAAAGUAUUUACAUUAGCUGAACUUGUUAUGAUUGCUGAUUUAUGUAAAAAAUGGAAUGUCUUAUGUGUAUGUGAUGAAGUAUACGAGUGGAUAGUGUACAAGCCUAACAAACACAUCCGAAUGGCUACAUUACCAGGCAUGUGGGAUCGAACAAUAACAAUUGGUUCAGCUGGUAAAACAUUCAGUGUAACAGGUUGGAAGGUUGGUUGGGCUUAUGGUCCUGCAAAUCUUAUGGUGAAUUUACAAAUGAUACAUCAAAACUGUGUUUAUACUGGUACAACUCCCAUUCAAGAAGCUGUGGCCAUUUCGUUUGAGAAAGAAAUUUCACGCUUAGGUUCAAAUGAUUGUUUCUUUAUUCAGUUGGCUAGAGAAUUGGAAGCAAAAAGAGAUAUGAUGGUUAAGGCCCUCAUCGAAGCUGGAAUGAAGCCAGUAAUACCAGAAGGUGGUUAUUUUAUUUUGACUGAUUGGUCUCCUAUUUCUAAAUUUAUUGAUCUUAAUAGUGAGAAAGACAAAUAUAAAGAUUAUAAAUUUACCAAGUGGAUGACAAAAAAGCUUGGUUUACAAGGAAUACCAUCAAGUGCCUUCUAUAGUGUGCCAAAUAAGCCAUUGGCAGAAGAUUAUGUCAGGUACUGUUUUAUUAAGAAGGAUGAAAAUAUUAAAAAAGCAGCUGAUAUUCUUAUGAAGUGGAAAGCUUCAGUAGGAUUGUAAAAGAAGAUGUGAAUGUU